UUUCGAGACGCUUCGGACUUGCUGAAAAUAAUUCUCGCCAACACACCAGAUUCCAUUUCGUUGAGGUUCCCUUGCCAAUGGUGGAUGAUUGAUUGCAUCGGACCCACUCCCAGCUUGGAACUGUGCUGCCAGGGCACUCUCAUAAUUUUUCGUUGCAUGAUUGGAAAAUCUGCUUCUCAAGAAAAAGAAGCAUUCAGCGCGUAUUGAACAGAUACUUCAAUUGUGCCGUCAUAAAUCCAAAAGCUGAGCGGCAAUGGCCUCGAAGUACAUUGACGUUAUGGGCGUUCUUUUGUUAUUGCUAGUAGCCUCAGAGGGCGUUCGGAAGUACCUGACAAUGCAAGACUUGGCGAGAAUCCAGGCUGAAGCUGCACAGUUAACUUCGAUGUUGGAACUGAACAACCUAGCUAGUCGCCGUCUACUCGCACCUCCCAGCGUACACCGAACUGAUAUACAACUGUUGUGCCAAGCACCCGGCAAAGAAUGCCUCCCUGGUGAGCAGGUUCGAUGCGAGAUCGGAACCCACCUGGGGUGUGACUGCGAGUACAUCAAGGCUUGCUUCCCCCGUGCUUCGGAGUGCUCCAAAACCAAUGCCACUCACGUCGUCUCGUGUGGUUUUUGAGUCCGUUCCACUAUUGUUGCAGCAACUGAGGCUCUAUCACCAACGUCCGAACUAUCCGAACAGAUCAAGCAAUGCGCUAGUCUGAUUCAACCAGAACCUGAUUCUAGUCAUCGUCGUGCCUGCAACUUCGAGGAGGAUCUGUUUGUCUGUCUUUCUGCCUGUUUGUCAGUCAAUUGCAGACAGCCGUUGAAAUCCACCGAAAGUAGGGAUUAUGCGGAGAGCAAUAGCUGUUUGUAUAUUAUACCAUAGUGCCACGUUUUACGAUAAUAUUAGGCUUACAUUUCCAAGAGGGUUUCUAUCUGCCCCGCAUUCUACAUGAAGGUUGCGAACAAGUCGGUGUUUUUGAUGAAGAUGGCAAUUUAUUCUGUCGUCAUCUUCCCCAAGUCUUAUUCAUAGAAAAGCAUUUUUACCUUCUCGUAC